GUCUGAGCAGCCCCUGGUGUUCGGGGCGCUAUGGGCUUCCGCCUGUGAGACGCUGGUGUUAAUGGACAUUUCCAUCUUCCAGAUGAGGCGUUGAUUCGCGGUUUCCAUCAUAAUGGUGUUGAGAAAAAGGCUAAAAUGGAGCUUUAGCAGUGGGCGGGGUGAUGCCGACGGUGCCUUGUAGCUACAGUUAGCUUGUAGCCCGCUAGCUGGAUGUUAGGCCUUUCGAUUUGUGCGGCUCCUCGGGCAGGUUUAUUGUUUUAUUCAUCAGGUCUCUGUUGUUUUAAUCUGUGGAAUAUAAAAGGAGCAGAUAUGAAGGGUGUUUAUAGUUUUCACAGAUUCAUGAACCGACGGGCUUCUGCUAACUGCCGCUACCAGCCCACCGUCUACGAACAUGCUGCCAACUGCUACACUCAUGCACUCCUCAUCGUGCCGGCCUUCGUGGGAAUGACACUCUUGCACUGCUUGUCCGACAACAACUGGGAGCGGAUCACGGCCUGGGUGUACGGACUGGGCCUGUGCGCCCUCUUCGUGGUCUCCACCGUGUUUCACAUCAUCACCUGGAAGAAGAGCCACAUGAGGUCAGUGGAGCAGUGCUUCCACAUGUGUGACCGAGUCGUCAUCUACUUCUUCAUCGCUGCCUCUUACACACCUUGGUUGAACCUGCGGGACCUCGGACCGUUAGCGGCUCACAUGCGCUGGUUUGUGUGGCUCAUGGCUGCUGCCGGGACCAUUUAUGUCUUCAACUAUCAUGAAAAGUACAAACUGGUGGAGUUGGCCUUCUAUUUGACUAUGGGAUUUUUUCCUGCAUCAGUCGUGGCAUCAAUGAGCAACACGGACGGCCUGCAGGAGCUGGCGUGUGGAGGACUCAUCUACUGCCUCGGCGUGUUCUUCUUCAAGAGCGACGGCGUCAUCCCCUUUGCUCACGCCAUCUGGCACGUGUUUGUGGCUCUGGCUGCCGCCGUGCAUUACUACGCCAUCUGGAAGUACCUGUACAACGCGGCCAGCUCCAAAUCCCUCCUCCAGUCCUGACCAUCUCUCCGCCCAGCCGCCCCCCCACUGCUCAACCGAGCUGCAACAGUAAAAGUUUACGACAACAACCUUAACUUGUUUACUGUUUUGUAACCAGGAGGAAAGCAGGGUUGUCACAGUCCUCUGGUGAAAUCAAGUGUUUGUGUAAGAGAAGAAAUCUCCAAAGCUUCAGUAUUUGUGACGUUUGAUAACGUCUUUUUAAAAGCACUCAAAGCGAGUCACAUUCCUCUUUAAGGGUUGAUCCGUUUCAUCUGGAGAAAAUCGAGCAAGGUGCUAAAAAUCAUCAGCUCUUAUUUCUACUGAAAUAAACCAAAGCUCCAAAUAAAGGCAGCAUAACAAAAACUUCAAAGUUUUAAUUAAAAUUUAAUUGGUUAAUAAAGUGUUACGGUAGAGUUAUUCUCACAUCUGAACCAAAAAUGUUGUGUUAAUCAUGUUUUCUUCUAUUUAUAUCUGUUUAGGGCAUUCUCUCUGUUUCUACUGGAAGUUGUUGGCGCCCUCUGGUGGCAGCUGGGUAGCAUUUCUCAGUAUUUCAUAGUAUAGAAGAGAAACAGGAGAGCUGGGUGUUAGUGAGCCAAAUGAGGAGACUCCCAAUUAAAAGCAAUUUGAUUUAUCUUUUUUUUUUUUUUAAAUAAAAAUGU